AUUUUUUUAACUUUAUUUUUUAUAAUUUAGAGCCCUGUGCUUUAAUUUUUAUUGAUGAAUAUUUGAAAUGAGUGAUAAUGACGAUGUUAACGCGUCUAUUGCGCAUAUUGUGCUGUGCUGUGUUGCCGGCCAAGGGCUUAGCCGCAUGCAUACCGGAGGCUUCACGCACCCGGGUAUGCACGCCAACUUCUUCGUACACGGGAUAUUGGGAUUUUUACACUACCAGAGCGGGAAGUUCAACAAUGAUUUCAAAUCAGCCUACGCUCUCAGUUACGCGGCGUCCAAAUAUUUAGCACUUCCAUGUUUGAACGCGGACUUGUAUCGCGGUGACCACAGCAGCAGCAUCCAUCUUGUCUCUGGUCUAAUUCCGUUCACUCUGGCGUUGGCGGGAAACGACCAUGUGCAUCUUGGAAAUCUGAUAAUUGCAUGUAAUAUCGUGUCUUUGUGCAUGUAUGCUCAUAAAUAUGAGAGAGUUUGGGGUUGGUAUACAGCUGGCUCGGGGGUGUUGGCGUAUUUUGUGACUACUACUGUAGCGAAACGCGUGUCGUAUCCGUUGUGCUUGGCGCUGAUGGAGUAUUGCGCGUAUAGACUUUUUCAUAUUCAUUUUGCAGCGCCUUGA